AUCUCUCUCUAUUUCUCUUUUUCUCUCUUUUUAAAUGUGGGAGGCGGAGCGGAUUGUGUUUUUUUUUCACCUAACUGAGAGAAUCUUUAACCUUUGUUCGUGUAAUGACGGCGUCAAAAUGCGUCUUGGCUCCACGACGGCGUUUACUGUGGUGUUUUUUCUCUUCCUGGACUGUCCUGCGUUAACAGGACAGAGUUGGUGUCUGCCUGGGCUUCGACAGUUUAACUUCACUUUAAAUGAAUCUUUGAAAUCUGUUACGGUCUAUGUGGAGCCGGGUCCCAAAGUUUCUGCCAGACCACUUUACAAAAGAAGCAUAAGCCCCUACUCAGAUGCUGGUUCAAGAGUGUGGAUUGAUCCCGCUGUGUCUCAGUCAGCUGUUCUUAAAGUUACUUAUUGGUUAACUUGUCUUUGUGUUGAGAUUUACUGCACUGGUGACAAGACAAGACAUGUCAAGUGUCCUUUGGCAAAUUCAGUGGUGCCAGAUGUGAAUGAUAUUUGGAGAUCUACUAAGUUUAAACUGGAAUCAAACGUUUUAGCAAUGGUAUUAAAGUGUCCUACCUCUGAGACAGAAAUGUCUACUGCCCUCUGCUGGAAGCAUAAUGGGUACUGCACUGUUGUGUUUGACCUCUCUCUUGUGGAACAACUAUAUGAACUAAAACGGGAGUAUAACAUUUCAGCAGUUGACAAACACCCUCAAAUGUGUUUGCUGCGGUCACUAAAUGGCAGUCAGAAUAUUACGUGCCAUUUUAAAUCUGGAAUGUCCUCAUGGAUGGUUAAUACUGAGCUAAUGAGGCAGGGUAUAUUUGUUUACAUCAACUCCACUGUCCCUGCAAAAUUCUCUGCUCAGCUGUGUAAACUGAAUCAGACUACAUGUGCAUCAAUGGGACAAAUUCAUUCACUAAAUACAAAACAGAGAGUAGCAACUUUUCAUUUGUCAGUAUUGUCAGCUGAGGAAAGGCCCUGUGUUCAGGUAUGGCAGUCAGAGCCGGUUCUUUAUGGGAAAAGAAUUAUGUGCUUUGACUAUACACGGACAAGAUAUGGCCUUUAUGUUGCGAUGGCAAUAGUCUGUGUGGUCAUAAUGAUUGUACUGGGGGUAUGCUUCCACUGGUUGACCAAAAAGGGUACUGCAGGUUGGCUUCACGUCCCAAGACCCAUACUGCUCGUGUGCUCCUCUGAAGACUCUGUCCAUGUCUCUACAGCGUGUGCGUUGGCCUCCAUUUUACAAGGGGAUCUCGGUGCCAUUGUGCAUCUAGCUCUAUGGGCCCAGAGUGUACAGUCACAAUGCGGGAUGCGCGUGGCUGACGUGGGACCUCUGCCUUGGCUGUAUGGUCAAUGGGACACUGUUAUCGAAGCACAAGGAAUUAUACUCAUUAUGUGGAGUCUGGACGCUAAGAUUGCGUACAAAAAGUGGUGUAGUGAAAAGAAAAGUAUUAAAAGUUCACACCAAAAGGAUUUUAUCUCACAUAGACCUCACAAGACGGAAAAUUCUCCAAUACUGACUGAAAAAUGUAAAUUUAAAGUAGAAAGUCAUGCGGCUCAAAGGCCUGACGUUUCCAAGCCCUGCACAGUAAUUGCACCUGUAUUUAAAGCUGCACUGACCUGCCUGAUGGGGAUGCUGCAGGAAAAUAAACCCCAGAAGGUGGUGUUUGUCUCUUUGCAUGGGCACAAUAACAGCAAGGACAUACCAAAGGCUUUCAGAGGAAUCCCACGUUUUUGUUUACCACAUCAGUUCAGUGGACUAAUACAGGAGCUGGGGGUGCAGACAAGACUGUCAGAAAACUCCAGGUUCCAUUGUUGGCCAAGACUUCUAUCUAAAGUGUUGUGUUUCUGGUUAGCAAAACAGCUGGCAAAGAGAUUACAAGCAACUCUUCAGUAAGCCAAAAAUAAACUCAGUUGGUCCAUACCAUGUACUGAUUUUGCAGCUGAUCAAACUAAAAAUAAAUAAAUAAACAGCAGAUUAAUAUCCUUCAGUGGUACUCUGAAGAGUAGGAGUCUUUGAAGUCCACUUUUAGCUGAAAUCUUCUGUUUGAUGUAUUGCAUUAUGUAACAAAAGAACAUGUUACUAAUAUUUCAUUAUCAAAUAUGGGUGCACUUAAAUUGUCAAAAACAGAGUGUUGAGGAGGCAGUGGACAGUGAACAGAAGCGUUCAUCUCAAAUUUCACCUCUUGUAGUAAUAAGGGACCACAGUUAUGUGAUAUGUGGAUUCUCAAACAUAUCAGCGAAUCAGAAAAAGCGACUUGUUCAAGGAUUUGCAUACAGAAAAGAGUCAAACACAUUAACGUAACUUCAACUCAAACACAGGGUCCCUGUGUUUAUCUCAGUCAAAAUAGCCUGCUUUAUGAAAAUCCAUUUGCAAAUCACCUCAAUUUUAAUGUGUGUUUUACAAAAUGUAAAUUGUUCCCCCACCUUCUCCCUUGUAUAGCACUGGAAAACAUGUAAAACACUGAAAUCCAAACUUUUGAUCUGGCAACAUUGCAAAGUUGUUUCUGUCAUCUUGAUCUUGAUUACUCAUAAUAUGUACCUUCUACCUCCAGUAUAAUUUAUAAUUGUUUUGGUGUGACUUAAAUAACACAGGUCUAAGUUUGUUGACUUUACAAUACUGUGUAGGCUAACCGCAGGAAUUUUAUUGCCCUGCUUCAGUUUAACUGAACUUUUUAUGCAAAACAUUCCCAGACUGGGUACUAUGAAGAACAGUGUGCAUAUGUGUUUUAUAUGUUUAUUUUUAUUAUAAAAUUGUAUAUUUCUGUUACAUUUAUGCUACAUGUUUAUUUGAUACUUCAAUUUGUGAUUAAAAUACUGCAUUAUAAAUGCU